GAGCGCCAAAUCAUGCGGUGCCGUCUCGCACUGCAUCCAGACGGUGUGGGAAAAGCAACACUAUCCGGUGGACAACGACGAGAUCUGCAACAUCUGCCUGGACAUGGUGAAGCAGGCUCGCGAUCAGCUCGAGAGCAACGAAACCCAAGCCGACUUGAAAGCCGUCUUCGAGGGUUCCUGCAACCUCAUCCCGGUGAAGGUGGUGAAGAAGGAAUGCCGCAAGCUGGCGGAUGACUUCAUCCCGGAGCUGGUCGAAGCACUCGCCUCCCAGAUGAACCCGAACGUCGUGUGCAGUGUGGCCGGUUUGUGCAACAACGCCGCCAUCGAUAAGCUGCUCGCGGAAAUGCCCGCCACGAAAAAGCCACUGGAGCUGGAAGACGCCACUGCGGAAAGCUCGUCCAGUGAGCUCGCGGAGGUCGAUGAUGGUGUGUUUAGUUGCGAGGAAUGUAACGCGAUUGCGGGUCAAAUUGAGCGGCGUUUCCGGGGUGCCGAUCGGGAUAGCGUGCUGGAAGGAUUCCUGCGUAUGUGCGGCAGGAUGUCGUCUUACUCGGAUGCCUGCUCGAGCCUUGUACUGACGUACUUCGGUGAGAUGUACGAACAUCUCGAUCGGCACCUGAAAGCGGAUGCCGUCUGCCAUCUCAGCGGUGUUUGUUCGUCCCGGUACCACCAGCACGAUGAGCAGGAUUCGGUGGAAGAAGCGAUUGAGGUGCGACCAAUGAGCGGUGUUGGUGUCCUUCCGGUGAUGGGUGGCGAUGAUGUACCGUGCAAGCUGUGUGAGCAGCUUGUCGAUCAUCUCCGCGAUGUCCUGAUCGCCAACACGACCGAGCUGGAGUUCAAGCAGGUGCUCGAGGGGCUGUGUAAGCAAACGAAGUCCUUCGCGGAUGAGUGCAACAGCCUGGUUGAGCAGUACUACCGGGAGAUCUACGAAACGCUCGUACAUAACCUCAACAGUAAUGACGCUUGCUUCAUGAUUGGCGUCUGCCCGAAAGGUACCGGUACGGUGGGGCUUGGAAGCGGUCCAAUCAUGCCGCUUCUGCCGGUUUCUGUCGCGGUGCAGCACGAGAAGGACACGAAACCAGCUCGCCGGCCUUUGCUCGGCGAAAACGAACCGGUCCUGUCGGCGGCUGAGAUUCUGCAGGCACAGUUACCGAUCGAUCGCAUCAUGGGAGCACCGAGCGCGUUGAACCUGGUGGAAGGCGGUAAAUACUGCACGCUGUGCGAGUACUUCAUGCACUUCGUCCAGGAAGCCCUGAGCGAACCAUCGAACGAGGACGAGAUCAAGCUGGUGGUUGAAGGCACCUGCAACCGGUUGCCGGUAUCGAUCCGUGGCGAAUGUCACAACUUUGUCGACGUGUAUGGUGAUGCGGUGAUGGCGUUGCUCAUCCAAUCGCUGGAUCCGCGCCAGAUCUGCCCCACGCUGCGGCUCUGCCCAACGGCCACGGAGGAUGCGGAGGUGUUCGCACCGGGCCAGGUUGAGGUGACGUUUGAGGCGCGUGGUGGAAGCGAUAAACCGACCUGUCCGCUGUGCCUGUUCGCUGUCAGCCAGCUGGAGGAGUCGGUGAAGACGGACCGCUCGAAGGAUAACAUUAAGAAUGCGCUCGGGAAGCUGUGCACGCAUCUCUCGCCGAAGUUGCGGCUAGAGUGUAACGAUUUCGUCGACACGUACACGGCCGAGCUGGUGGAGAUGCUGGCGUCCGAUUUUACGCCGCAGGAGAUUUGCGUCUUCUUGAAGCUUUGCGUUGAUCAGCGGCCGGAUUUGAGCCUGCUCGGUAUGGAGCUGGAUUACGAAAAGCGCACGAUGCAGCAGCAGCAGCGUCCUGUCGUCGCUAGUGUGGCGCCUUCUGGUGACGUUGAAACGAACGAGAUUCCUGAUAGCACCGUCAAUGGGCAGGUGACGAUCGAACAGACGCCAAUGGCCAGCACCCCUGAGUGUCUCGUGUGCGAGGAGAUGGUGAAGGAGGUCGAGAAGCGUGUGAAGAACAAGAAGAGCAAGGCUCAGAUCAAGGAAGCGCUUGAGCAUGCGUGCGACAAGCUUCACAAGUACCGUACAAAGUGCGAGAAGUACGUCGAUCAGCAUAGUGAUCAGAUCGUGGAACUGUUGAUGCGCCAGCUGUCACCGAAGGAGAUCUGCCACUCGCUAGGAUUCUGCGUCGCUGCUAAGGACACCGUGGAUGAGUUGGAGGUCGAUGAGGCGCUGCUUGAUUACGUCGUCGAACCAGCCGUCGUGGAGUCCGCCCCGGAGGAACUGCUCUCAUCCCCGAACGAGUACACCUUCGUCGAGCUGAACCAGUCCCAGCCCCCGCAGUGUGCGAUCUGCGAGUUCGUGAUGGUCAAACUCGAGUCGGAGCUCGCGAACAAGAAAAGCCAAACUGCGAUCGAGAACGCGGUGCGUAACGUGUGUAGUAAGUUGCCCUCUACCGUCACCAAGCAGUGCGAUAAGCUGAUCGAUCAGUAUGGCGUGUUCAUCAUCAAGUUCCUGGCAACGCUGCCACCGCGCGAGAUCUGCACGAAGCUGGAUUUGUGCGAGCAGCAGCUGAAGCUGCUGAAGCAGUGCCAGACGGAUGUUGUCGAGUGUGCCGUCUGUCAGGGAACGGUUAACGCGCUUGAUGCGCUGCUAGCGGGAGAUCAGAUCCAGGAGCACAUCACGACGUACGUCGAUCGUAUCUGUAAUGCGGUUCCGGCGGAACACUACGAGCAAUGCGAUAAGCUGCUGACGGUGUACGGCAUCAGCUUGAUGCAGCAGUUGAAGCAGUCGAUCGAGCGGGAGCAGGUGUGCGUUAACAUCGACAUGUGCAGCUCUUCGCCGCAGGUCCUGCCGGAGUUUGCGUCCGGUGAGCGGGCACUUGAGGAGUCGGGCGAGAUUACGGUGCUGGAACCGGUGAAAAAGGAGCAGGCCAAGCUGGUGGGACUGAACGAGUGUAGCUGGGGUCCGUCGUACUGGUGCAAGGACGAGGCCAGUGCCAAGCAGUGCAAGUCGACGAAUUACUGCAAGGAUCGCAAGCUCGGCUUCUGGAUGGAAACGGCUUAGAAGGUGAAACGUUGCGACGGAGAAGAAGGAUAUUUUUUUUAAUGGAAUGGUGACCACAUCCGGAAAGCUUGCAGGUGUUGUGUUGUCCUGCGUUCUUUUCCGGAAGAGUUUGUGUUUGUGUAGGUACGAAUGGAAGGUGUGAGGGAACGAACGAUAGGAAGAGCAUAUCUGGAGUAGAUCAUUUUGAGAAAAUUAAAAGAAGAAAAAAACAAAAAAAAACAUACGCAAAUGAUACCAAGAAGUGCUAUUUUUAUAGAUUCACAAACGAUUCGCUUAUAGGAAUAAAAGGAAGAGUUUGAUUGUGAAGAAUGAAAACGAUAAGAUAUAACAAGAUAGAGAGAGAAUGAGAGAAACAGAAAGCUAUCGCGAAGGAAUGUAGAAGCGUGUUUACGCAACUGUUAAUACGGAAUAGAAAAUGUAAGCAGCAUUGAUGAAA